CGUCAGUCAGUGUUUGUGUGUGUCGGAGCUCGCGUCAUGUGGAUUUAUGAUUGCCGGUAUGCGUUUGAAAGGAGGCAGCGGUGGCGCAGAUGGGACUUUGGCUGCAGUUGCCUCCAGGCCACCUAGUAACAUAAGUGCGCAAUGGGCCGAAAAAUACUUGCACAAAGUGGAAGACGUCAACAACUGCAAUCUGACAGGAACAGCAGCUCCUCCUCCUCCUCUAGAUGCCUCCUCCUCAUCCGUCUCAUCCUCUCUCACUCACACAACGUGCACCUUAUGCACGGCAGAUGACCUCAAUUGCAACAAACAGUAUCAAGGUUUCGAUCAGAUUUGCAGUUCAAGCGAGUCAUCUCCUGGUGAAGAAGUGAGUGUGAGCCUCACAAGCGACACGUCACAAUCAUCAGACUCCGAAGAAGUGACUGCCCCGCCCCCCGUCUUGAAGCGCGGAAUUAUCAACCCCAACUACCCCGGAUUCCAACACUUGGCCGAUCAGUUCCUCAACAGUUGCGAUGUCGAAGAAAUUGCCUGCGUAGUGAACAAAAACAAACUGAAAAACAUCAACAACAACAACCUAGUUUGUAACAAUAAUGUGAAUGACAACAAUAACAACUCUAGUGAAACGGUUAGAAGUAAUAAUGGCACAGCUGAAAAUCUCAUCUACUGUGGUGACAGUGUAAAUCAGCUGAGUAGUGACAGUUAUAAGAAGUUCUACGAUAACCCUAAAUUUGAUAUCCCUGUGGAAAGUAUUGCUUGUGACAUAAGAAACAUCAGUUUGAAGACUGAUUCUCCUAAGAAAAGUUUGGGGGAAGAUUUGAAAACCGGAAGUAAAUUCACAACCGGAAGUGAAUCAAAAACCGGAAGUGACUUCAAAACCGGAAGUGAUUUUAAAACCGGAAGUGACAUCAAAACCGGAAGUGAAUCCAAAACCGGAAGUAAAUUGAAAUCUGGAAGUGAAUUAAAAUCCGUGAGUGAUUUCAAAACCAGAAGUGAAUUGCUGGCGGAAGUGUACAGUGCUUACGAAAAGUGUCAAAGGAACUCGUCUAAAAUGGCAGCCAAUAUUGUAGCUAUUGACCUUCUGAAGGACACAAACAAGAUGGCGGAUGCCUUUCUGUCAGGAGUGAAGGAUGAGAUAAAACCGACCGUGAUGUGCAAGGACACCAAUAAGGCCGUUGAAGACAUCCUGGAUAAGUUGAAUAAAGAUGAGAAAGGCAAACCGCCAGUUGUGAAGAAGGAGAAAGAGGAUGAUGCAGUUGUGCCGAGGAAGAAGGAGAAGAUGGAGAUCAACUACAGUGUCAAGAAGAAUUGGUCCUCGACCUCCACCUCCACCUCUAGCUCCACCUACACCUCUACCUCGACCUCCUCAGCAGCGUGCCGAGUGAGAUCCGAGUCGACACGCUCUGCCUCCUCUCUCGCCAACCGGCGCAGUCUCCCUAUGAUGAGGGAUAAAAAGAAACACUCGCAGGAGUCCCUUGGCAGCUUCGAUGUCUACAACAUUGAGACUGCAAUGCCCUACAUCGAUCUGGAUGCCAUUGAAUCCCACCUGAAGGCUGCCAGAGAGGAAGAUUUGAGGCGCCGGAAUGAUCGUGAGGAAAUCAGAAGGAGGCUGGCAACGGGUUGUGACACAGACGAAUACUACGGCGGAGAUAGACCCGGCAAAAAGCCCAGCUUGCAAGCUCGUCUCCAAAGUGGCAUGAAUCUGCAGAUCUGCUUCAUGAACGACACAAUGUCGGACACUGAGUCGCCCGGCACCGAGACGCCUGAGUCUGCAAGCGUCACUCCGUCGCCCAUCAAAGCCAAAACUAAUCCUGAGCCACCGAGACCUACCAAUCUGCCCAACAAGUGUGUGAAGAGCAGUGUCGGCGCCAACCUGAGCCUGCCGCUGAGCAACGGGGGCGGCGGUGUUGGAGGUGGUGGCUUUCCGGCGGGGGCGGCGAUGACGGCAGUCGACCUGUUGGCGUACCAGACGCGACUGCAGACGGAGGCGCGCGUCGCCCUGGCGCAGGCCAAGGACAUGGCGCGCAUGCAGAUGGAGGUCGAGCGACAACAGCGACUAGCCAGUCCCAUCACCGAGAUGAUCCGGGUCAGCUUGAAGAAGGUUGGUGUGAAUUUCCCCGAGGAAAGGCGGAGACUGUCGCGUCAGAUAUUGACGGAUAUGAAUGUGGCCCAGUUGCAGGUCAUUGUCAACGACUUGCACACGCAGAUCGAAUAUUUGAAUGAAGGGUUGGUGAAGUUCCUGAUGGAGAGAGAUGACCUACAUAUGAGUCAAGAUUCCAUGUUGGUUGACAUUGAAGACUUGACACGAUACCUAGGAGCUAAAGAAAACACAUUGAAGGAAGACAUCAGCCAAAACAACAACGUUAUAGCCCCCAAUCCUAAAAUCAACAGGAUAGCCAACGGUGUGAAAAAGUGAAGUCUGAACUUCAGUUUGAAUCAAAAGACAAUAUUCGUUUCAAAAGAGUGAGAAAGUGUAAAUUUAGUGUAAUUGGAAAGUGUGUGGCUGCUCCGCUUGGGUAUCAAGCUUGUGCAUUUAUCCCUUGUGAUUUUGACACUUUUCUCAGUCU